AUGCCCGACCAGCGCGGCAUCGAAAGUGCCCCUACACGUGCACUAUGGCCUCGCGCAGGCUACGCGACCACCUCCGGCAAUCCUCGGCCCUCGCCCCCACCUCCUCUGCCAUACAAGCCGACUCCAGCUAAAGAACGCGUCUCUCAUCGCGUAGAUCAGCAACAGGAACCCGUGCCGAAGAAGAAGGGCUGGCUGUCGCGACUGUGGCCCUCUAGGCCACCUUCAACAAUUUAUCCACCAUCUCCGGACAGAGAAAGAGGGUUGCAGGCUGCGAGGCGUGUGGUCAAGGAAGGCUUUUUGGAUCCCCGAUACAGACGCGCAGCCCGUAGCUUUACGGCUAUAAUGUGCGCAUUGCCGAUUUUGCUAUAUACUUCAUACGAGCUAUUCCAACGUCGGUUCAUGGGGAAAGAGCAAAAGACUAGACCUGCCAUCACAUCUGCAGAGGACGAUGGAAGCGAGAGCUGA